AAUAUGUUUAAAGAAGAAACACAAAUUACGUGUUUGAGAGAGAACAUUAAGUAGAUACCUACUAUACUAAGUCUAUUUUAAGUAGUAACUUAUUUAUUAAAGGGAAAAAAUAACCUAUAUAGCUGGCCGUGUUCAAUUCAUUUAAUUUUCAUUUCACAUUUGAAAGAAGAAGAAUAACUGAUUUAGCUAAUAGAGAAAUAUAAUAAUGCCUCAAACUGGCGCAACACGAUAUCAAAAGUUUCUCAAGUCCGAGAAAUCCAAAACAAAAUUAAAGGCUAAAAAGAAAGAAUUACCCAAAGGCACUAAUGUAACUAAAACUAACUUUAAAGUAAAAAAAAUUGUUAUCAAAGAACAGUUGAAAAAACAUGGAACAAGUGAAAUUUUGUCUACUAAGAAGCUCAAUAUAAAAGAACUUUUGUCACGUCUGAACCAUUUUAACAAAAAUUCAAGGACUGAAGCUCUCGAGGGCCUAAAAGAAAUAAUCAGUAGUAAUUCUGAUGCAGUAUCUCAAAAUCUUGGACAAGUUAUAUUGGGUGUUACUCCUUUAGUGCUUAAUAUAGAAAAAGUGGUACGUCAUGAAGCUUUGAAAGUUCUUCAUUCGGUUUUGACUCAUAUUGAUCUGGAUAAAGUAGACCCAUUUUUUGAUAUAAUGUCUACAUAUUUAAGAAGUGCCAUGACUCAUAUUGAUACACGAAUACAGGAAGAUUCUCUUCUUUUUCUAGAUUUACUAUUAUCAUGUACACCUAAAAAAGUAAUUGGUGACUUUCAUAAGAUAUUGCCAAUAUUUUUAGAUAUGAUAUCUAAAUUAAGAGUCGAUUCUAAACCAGGUAGAACACUCACAGUAAAUCUUAGUAGUCAAAUUACCAGUGUCAAAUGGAGAGUGAAAGUUUUACAUAGAUUGGAGGAUUUUCUUAAUAAAUAUAUUCAUGAUAAUAUGGUUAAUGCAAAUAACAGACCUAAAGCAGUAAAGAGUUAUAAUUUUGAUGAAACUCAGAUGAAUUAUUAUCCACUUUUUAAUCCUGUUAGUACUGCAAUAUGCCAUGUUUCAUCUUUUUCUGCCAAAAGCACUCAAGAUUUCACACUAUUUGAUGAAGUGGAAAAAUUCAAAGAAUACUUUACCACUUUGAUACCUUUACUAUAUGAGACAUGGCUUGAGGUUUGCCCUAAGGCAACAUCAGUAAUGAAUAUUGAAACAGUUGUUAAUGAAGAUGCAGCUUCACUUCUAAAACAUACAUUGAAAGUAAUUUCACAUUUACAUAUACUUGUUCAACAUUUAAAUGUGAUGAACCCCAGCUCUAAUAUUGAACAGAUAUUUUGCCAAAAGAAUAGAAAAUUAUUCACUCAACAUUUGGUGAAUUCAUUUCCAUAUGUCACUAAUGUAAGAACAAAACAGAUCAAGUCAAAUAUUUCACCAUUCGAGGAUGUUAUAUCGGACCCUAAAAUGGUUGCAGAAAAUUUAACAAUAUGUCAUUUGUUUGUGAACCUUAAUCCAAAUGUCAACAUGAAAAACCAAAGUAAAGAAUUUUCUUCAGUAAUUGGCUAUAUUGAAAAGAAUUUCAGUAACUCAGCUUCAGAGCCAAUAAAAGAUAUGAUCAUAAAUAUUCUUGAUACAAUCUUUACAAAAGGAAAUAGUUGGACUAAAAGUAUAACCAUCAUGGAUUCCUUGUUUAGCAAAAUCAUACGAGAAUAUUUUAACACAGCAUUAUGUAUGUCCUUCAAGCAACAGAUAUUUGGCUUGUUAUGUAAAGUAGCCCUGAAUGACAAUUUAAUUAAUUUUCAAAAUCGCAAUGAUUUUAAGGACUGGAUUAGAACUUUACCAAACAUUUUGCUGGAAAACACAAUAACAAUGGAGACAGUAAAUAUAAUUCACAUUUUUGCUAUAAAAAAUAAUGUAAUGUUCAAUGAUAUUAUAAAGCAGAAUUUAUUAAAAAUAAUAGAAAAUCUGCCAAAGUUAGUUAUAUGCGAUGAUGAGAAUUCGAGUUCAUAUUAUAAACUUUUUUCAUUGCUGUACUGGAUAAAGAAUUGGGAUCAUGAAUCUCUCAACUUACUGGAACAGCAGUUAAUGAAUAAUGAAUACAAGAAUGAUCAUUGCAAAUACAUUUUUGAUACAUUGAGGUUAAGAGUUGGUGGAAUUUUAUAAUUGUUUUC